GAUGGCUAGCAGACUAGGAAUGCAAAAUCAUUGUGGGACAAAGAGUACGUUACAGGGGCAUCACACAAGGAGAAGUACACUUGUCAGACUGUCAGAGGCCGGACAGAACAAACCAACGUUAGAAUCUCCGCCGUACCCUUCGGAAUUAGAAUCAGAUUCUCUUGUCCGUUUUUCUUCUUCUUUCUCUUUCUGAGUUUCUGAAGCCAAAACGGUCAGAGCAGCCCCGGUUACACCUUCACACAUACACAGAGACGUCGCCGAAACAAACAGAGCUUUUUAGAGAUGAGUGUGAUCGAUUUGAUCACGAGGGUCGAUACGAUAUGCAAGAAAUACGACAAGUACGACAUCGAUAAGCAAAAGGAACUCAAUAAUAUCUCCGGGGACGAUGCAUUUGCUCAUCUCUACAGCGUCGUUGAGGCCGACCUUGAAGCUGCUCUUCAGAAAUCGGAGACUGCGGCAACUGAGAGGAGCAGGGCUUCUGCUGUUGCUAUGAAUGCGGAAAUUCGACGAACCAAAGCUCGUUUGCUUCAGGAGCUACCAAAAUUGAGAAGACUUGCUCCUAAAAAGGUGAAAGGUCUCUCAAGGGAAGACCUUGAAGCUCGGAGCGAUCUGGUAUCUGUACUACAAGAGAGGAUAGAAGCAAUUCCAGAUGGAUCAACUAGUGGAGCUAAACAAACUGGUGGUUUGACUGAUCCAACUACCUCGUAUGCAGGAAUAAAAAUUGAUACAACUUCAGAUGGGAAAUUUGAUAGUGAGUACCUCCAACAUACUAAGGAGUCGGAUCGCUUUAGAAAUGAAUAUGAAAUGCGAAGAAUAAAACAGGAUCAAGGUUUAGAUGUUAUAGCAGAAGGGUUAGACACAUUGAAACAUAUGGCUGGUGACAUGAAUGAGGAAAUAGAUAGGCAAGUGCCUUUGAUGGAUGAAAUAGAUGAUAAGGUUGAGAGGGCAAAUGCUGACCUUAAGAAUACUAAUGUGAAACUCAAGGAUACCAUAGUCCAGCUGAGGUCCAGCCGGAACUUCUGCAUCGACAUCAUCCUCCUGUGUCUAAUUCUAGGAAUCGCGGCUUAUCUGUACAAUGUGCUGAAGUGACUUUGGUGAUCCAUCAACUAUUCUCCCAAGUUCUGUGCUACAGUGUACCUGUUUAUUCUAUUUUGGUGAUGGUGGAUAAUGGUACACAUACAUAUACCUUUUGUUUGAGUGAUUGCACAGCCAAAACUGCCCAAACCAUUAUCAAUAUUCUGGGGAAUAAAUCAUAAUGUUCAUCCAAGCUUCUGAGUUAGUACAAUAUGGUAACAUUUCCAUGGUGUGUAACCCACCGGCACAUAAGACUGCACUGUCUUCUAAAGCUCUUUAUUGGCUGUAAUCACAUAAUCUAAGUGACAUUUAACCUUUGUCUACUUGAUUUGCGGAACAAGUUUGCCAAGUCAUGCUAUCUCUGUUUGAACUGUGUUUUAAUUCCAACAAGCUAUCAGACCCUUGAAGUCAGUGAAGUCCUAGAAGCUAGUCAUUGAAGUGAUUAUUCUCUCUUUUAUUUUGGC